CUGUAGAGCUCUCCUGGCCGCAGUAGCUCCUCGCCUCCGAAGUCGGCACCAUGACUUGGGCGAACUCGCAAGCUUGAAGUGUCUCCCAUGCUGCCUGAUGCCUUGCCGGGAAGUCAGUUAUCGUCCUGCUCUCCUAGACGCCACUCCUCAAACACCUAGCUCAGGUGGAGCCAGGGGCCUACGGGAACUACAACUCCCAUGAAGCACCGCGUCCACGCAAGCGUGUCAGCUCGCGCGUCUAUGCUCCGUCCCAUUGGCUGGCUGACAGGGCCGGGAGUCCUGAUUGGCCCAUGGCCUGAGGCGACAGAUUCCGGAAAGGGGAAGAGCAGCCAAUAUGGCGGCGGAGCGCAGCGCGGGGCAGCAACAGUCGCAGGAGAUGAUGGAGGUUGACAGGCGGGUUGAAUCUGAAGAAUCAGGCGAUGAGGAAGGGAAGAAGCAUGUCAGUUGCAUUGUGACAGACCUCAGCGAGCAGAGCCUGAAGGACGGAGCAGAACGGGGGCCCGAGGACCCAGAAGAGGAUCAUGAGCUGGCAGUGGAUAUGGAAACCAUCAGCCUGGACCGAGAUGCAGAGGAUGUUGAUCUGAAUCACUAUCGCAUUGGAAAGAUUGAAGGCUUUGAGGUGCUGAAGAAAGUGAAGUCACUGUGCCUCCGUCAAAACUUAAUUAAAUGCAUUGAGAACCUGGAGGAACUGCAGAGUCUUCGAGAACUGGAUCUCUAUGAUAAUCAGAUCAAGAAGAUUGAGAAUCUAGAGGCGCUGACAGAGUUGGAGAUUCUGGAUAUUUCUUUUAAUCUGCUGAGGAACAUUGAAGGGAUUGACAAACUGACGCAGCUGAAAAAACUCUUCUUGGUCAACAAUAAGAUCAAUAAAAUUGAGAACAUAAGUACCUUACAUCAACUGCAGAUGCUGGAGCUGGGCUCAAACCGCAUCCGGGCAAUUGAAAAUAUCGACACAUUAACCAACCUGGAGAGUUUGUUUCUGGGGAAAAACAAAAUUACAAAACUUCAGAACCUGGAUGCACUUACGAACCUGACAGUCCUCAGCAUGCAGAGCAACCGGCUAACGAAGAUUGAGGGUCUGCAGAGCUUGGUGAACCUGCGUGAACUAUACCUCAGCCACAAUGGUAUCGAGGUUAUCGAGGGCCUGGAGAACAAUAACAAACUCACCAUGUUGGACAUUGCAUCAAAUAGGAUAAAAAAGAUUGAAAAUAUCAGCCAUCUAACAGAACUGCAAGAAUUCUGGAUGAAUGACAAUCUCCUGGAGAGCUGGAGUGACCUUGAUGAGCUGAAGGGUGCCAGGAACCUGGAGACCGUGUACCUGGAGCGCAACCCCCUGCAGAAGGACCCACAGUACCGGCGGAAGGUCAUGCUGGCCCUACCCUCCGUGCGGCAGAUUGACGCCACAUUCGUCAGGUUCUGAGUCCUCUUGCUCCUCACCUGGUCCCUCUCCUCGAAAGAACUUCCCAGCCACGGUUUUUUAAAUCUACCUAUUGCUCCUGAAGUCGUCACUAUACCAACAGUCACAACCCAAUGGCAAUAAUAAGGCACUGGUGGUAGCUGGCCUGUGAUGCCACACACCAUUUGGAGAUGCCAACACUAUUAAAUCUUGCCACGCGGUCUUCCUGGUGAAUUGGUGACGGUUAUUGUAGCCAUGGAGAGAAUGCAGGACAUGUUACAGCCAUUUGUUCUUCCUGUCUGUCUAUGUCCUUAGCCUGGCGGGCAUUCUGGGCUGCCCCAGCAAGCCCUCAAAUCAGUUUGCAGAGUUUAAGCAGUCAUGACCCACAACAGCACAUUUGAUAGUCUUUCAGACCAAUUUUGGAAAGAAAAAAUUAUAUUUAAGAAAAAAUGAGUAAAAGGUGGUCCUAUCUCAGAUGCUGUAAUCCUCAGAGCCUUGUCAUCAUGAGCGAUGGCUGAGCGCACUGGGCAUUGUGUAACCUUGUUCCCACUGGUAAAAGUUGAGAUAUGGAGAGCUUCACUCCAUACCCCCAGCUCUGCUGAACCUAAGUGAGUCUCAAAACACAUGGAACUAAGCUCUUGGCCACUAGUUACUAGUCAGGUGGCCUCCUAUUCUCACCCAUGAUCCUCUGGCCUUAUUUAUAUGAAAUUUCUCUGAGCAAACCGCUAGGGCAUGAAUCUAAUGCUGCAAGGGCAUUGUCAUCCCUAGGCGCCUCAGAUCUCCUCUUUCACACAGUAAGGACUGAAUAUGGUCACCAAAGGCCCCUCAGCUUCCAGGAUUCUUGUUCUACACUGUUUAAGAUGGGGCCCCUAACUACCACAUGCAGCAGUUACUGUUCAUAUCUAAGUCCGUUGACUCUAUUUUAUCUCUUCAUUUGUGCUCACACUUCAUCUGUUCAGAGGCCACAUCUAAUGGGAGGCAUCCCAUUUCCAUCAUCACAGAAGGUUCUAGACAGCACUGAUCUAGACUGUGUUCAGUAUCAGGGACAGUGUGCCUUGAGCUGUGAAACAUGUGCUCAGUUGGCCAAGCUAACCAGUUGGCCACCUGCCUAGGAGUUUGUAAUGUCAGAAUGCUUACAUGGGGUUUAACAUCUAUUUCCUGAUUCUGAUUCUCACCGAAAUAAACUGUAUGAUCUGAA